AUUACUUCAAGCAAUGAAAGAUGUGUUUCUUGAAUCACAUCACAGAUUUUGUGCAAAACAUGUUGAAGUAAACUGGUGCAAAACAUGGAGGUCAGGGGAACUGCAGAAGGUAUUUUGGUGGUGUUCAUGGACCACAUAUGAGGAAGAUUUCAAAGACAAACUCAAUAUGAUUUGUUCUUUAGAUAAAACAGCAGCUGAAGAUUUACUGAAAUAUCCUCCCAAUGUGUGCUGUAGAGCCUAUUUUGACACCGUGUGCAAGAACUAUGAAGUGGUGAACAAUUUCACAGAAUCGGUGAAUAAAUGGAUUCUAGAAGCUAGAGGCAAACCAAUCAUCAAAAUUCUUGAAGAAAUCAGAAUUAAAGUCAUGAACCAAUUGAGAAAAAGGGACGAUGAAGUGAGAUUUUGGGCUACUGAGUUUAGCCCAAAUAGUAUGCAAUUGUUCAAUGAGUACAUGAAAAUUGCUCAAAAAUGUAAGGUUAAUUUCAAUGGUGAUUAUGGAUAUGAGAUCACAGAAGGUUGUGAUAGGCAUACUGUAAAUAUGAUUUUCAAGAGAUGCACAUGUAGACAAUGAGAUCUAAAUGGAAUUCCAUGCCCACAUGCAAUUUCUGCAAUGUUGUACAACAAGUUGGACCCUUUGAGUGAAAUGAGUUGGUGGUAUAGCAAAGAGGCAUUCCUGCUUACCUAUAGGCACAAAUUGCAACCUGUUAGAAGUGAAAAAAUUUGGAAGGUGAAUCCA